AGAUCCAGCUGAUAAACUACAGCCCUUAUAAGAAAAUAUGAAAGGAUGACGUAGAUAUCACAGCACCUAUCGGCGGGGAUGCGAGAGAGACGCCACAGCGGCGAGGAUCGCCCGCUCUGAACCGGAGGAGUCACCGGCAGAUGAUGUCCCAAUGUGAGAGUGCUUCCAGAGGAGACGAAGGAGAGGACGAAGGAGGAUGAAGAAGGGGGGAGAGGGAUCGAGAGCGGCAGAGGUGGAAUAUAAUGAAGUUGAGUGGGAAAGGACUGUGCACCGUCUUCUCCAGCACCCUCCUCUUCGUGUGCGCCCUGAGCGAAGUUGUCGUUGGAUUAAGAUGCGUGUCGCUGGGAUCUACGGUGAAAGCGCAUUUCCACCUCGGCGCCGCGGCCGGGGCUUUCUACUCCGGGCUACUUGUGGGAAUCGGGCAGGUGCUGCUGGGCUCUGCGCUGCUCUGUUGCAUGGAGAAACCCGGCUGCAGGAAUUUCUUUCUCCUCGGUGUUGUGGUCUUCUUGUUAGGGGUCCUCACCGCCUUCUCCGGCGCGGUGGUGGACGGGGACACGGCUUCUCUGGUGGACAGGAAAUAUUCCCAUUACUGCCUCAGUUCUACGGCUGUGAACCCUGCCUGCGAGCAGCUGAGGGAUUACCAGCGGAGUCUGGUCAUCUCCACUGUUCUCAGCACCUUGGAGUGCCUCCUCGGGCUCAUCAACCUGGUGGUCAUCAAAAGGUACAAAACAGCGCAGUUUUCUAGGAGCAGACAGUCUCAGAGACAGAGAGCCGGGGCGAUCCUCUUCAGCGAGGAGCGGGACUGCUCCUCGGCGGAUUUCCAGCCGGUGUCUUACAUCAAUCUGGGUGUUUUUAAUGUGUUUGACGAGACAGGUGCAGAAGUGCAGUGCGGGGGACACCCAUCAAUCGAGCUGCCGGGAUACUCGCCCACGGACCCGGAGCUGAAUCAUUGCUUCCCUUUCUCCUACCCGCUCCCCAGUGAACUGCCGCCCGCAUACGAAGACAUUUUCCCCGCUGAGGCAUGCAACACAUAGCCGCUCUGGAGCAGCCCCAGCAGCGCUCUCCUCUGCUGUGACAAUCAGUGACUUUGUGCUUUAACAGUCCCCCUCUCCUCCUCCUCUUCAACAAAACAACAGUAAGUUACACAGGAGGACAGCAGCAGUGAACUGACCUGACUCCUUCUCAUUCUGAUGUUUUCUUAGGCUACAUCUGUCUGGUAUCUCAUAUUGUUCAUCACCAGUCAGACUGAUGUAGAAGAACAGAUCAAAGUGGUACAGGCCCAGGCAGCGCAGGCAGAUCAAGGCCCAUAAACGCAACAGCUUGCUAGUAUAACAAAAGCAGAGUUUGUGUUUUGAAUGUUUGCUGUUAACAUUUUUACCUGUGAAUAAAAAGUGUAUUUAACCUCAU